AUGCUUUCGGCCUCGCCAACCAAGCAACGCGUUCAACCUCGCAACCGUCUCCCAAUACUCAUCACCCAACAACCGCCCGCCAUGCCCGCAAAACAAAGCAAGUAUGCGUCCCUGAACAGCCACCACAUGGCACAAAUCGACGGCAUCCCCGUCACUUAUAUCUUGGAAAAAUUGCAUCAACUCGGCACUCGCUACUUUGGCGAUAAAUCCACCGCGUUCGCCGAGCUGCACGUUGAGGGAAUCGACAAACCAUUUUGGGUGCAUGAGGAAUACCUGGUCCUUCAGUCGCUCUUCUUCCGUGAGGUGUUUGAGAACGUCUCGAGCGGAGAUGUUAUCACCAUCAGAUUGCCUUCACCGGAGACCUUCGAACCGUUGUUGGAGUUUUUAUAUUCGGGCGAUGCAGACAAGUGGUAUGACACGUUGACCGUUGAGAAUUAUCACGAU